AUGACACGCUCCAAAGUUCUCGAAGACCAGCGAAAGCGAAUUGGUCAGGCAUGCAAGGGCUGCCAGAACCGCAAACAAAAGACAACCCCUCCCCCGGCCCUUCAACUCCAAGCCCCCAAACAACCCCAGGCAAGGGAGACCAAGGCAAGUAUUGACAAGGCGAGACAGUGUAAUGGACAGAACCCUUGUCUUGGCUGCGAGAAGCGAGGACAUAACUGCUCCUACGAUCCUCCUCGGAAACGCAAGAGCGUCACCCGCCUCCUCAAGCACGACGGCACCGCGCCUUCCCCCGUGGGCCAGUCCAACCCGUACGCGUUGCAAGGCAUCAUCAAAUCGGAGCCGGGAAACUCACCGCCCUUGCUUUCGCCCAUGUACCUUCAGCAUGGACAGUACGACUCCCCGUCCGCGAUGUCGGAAUGGAGAAGCCCGUCAAACCCGCCCGAUGCCCAGCUAGAUAGGUUCGAGCAACUGGCUGCUACCAGAGUCCCUGGCCAACCUGGUCUACCCUUCUGGGGCUCCUCAUCGGCUAGUUUUCUCACAGAGAUCAAAAAAUUAGUCUUUCAAGUCUCUGGGCCGUGUCCCUUUACUGAAGGCGAAACCACCCCCAGCAGGUUGGGGAGUAAUUCUCGUUCGCAGGGACUACAAAACACGGUGCCCCUGCCUCCUCGAGAGGUUGCAGAGCACCUCGUCAAUCGAGCCCGCCAAUAUAGCAACCACUUGGUGGAAAUCCUAGAAGAAUCCACGAUACAGGAGCUGCUACAGUCAUCAUACCCCAACGCACCCUCACAAGACUCUCAAGUCCCCGGCAGCACUUGCCUACUCUACCUCCUCUUUGCCGCCGGCUCACUCAGCGUAGAAUCGCAAAAGGGCACGGAAUAUCCCGACCAGGGCCUCUUCCCCCCAGACUCUCUCAGAUCCUCAGAUGAGUACUUUGACUAUGCCGAGGCGACUCUGAUGCGCAUCGGGGGCUACGAGACCUUUGAGGUGUGGAUGAUACAAGCAUGGGCGCUCAUGACGACGUAUUCCCUUGCGGUCUCCAAGUGGAACGCUGCCGAUGCCUAUAUAGGAUUGGCAGUCAGGGCCGCUGAUGUGCUGGGCAUCAAUCACGUCCCGGGGUCCUCGUCACGUGCACCAAGUGAGGUCAAGGCAAACAGCGCUCUCCAUGCUAAGCUUUGGAGGUGCCUCUUCGUCCUCGACUCCCUCGUCGCCGCGCUCCUCGGACGCAAGCCGCAAGCCCUCAAGGAAGAGAAGAGCAAGCCGACCGUUGGGGCGGAAUGCGCGCCCUCUAGCACCACCGGCCGUGAUGACCAUCUCACGUUCAACGUGGCAUCGGCCAAGAUGAUCCGCAAGACCAUCAAGCUCGUCUAUAACCAGCGACACUUCCCGGCCGAGCGGGCGUCGUCGAUGCUGCAGCAGACACUGGGCUUACUCCCACCGAGUGCAAGCCCCCAGGACGGCGCGGAUGCGCUGGCCACGGAGCACGCGAUGCUGUUCCGCAGCUACGCGGCCAUGCUGCUCACGCGGCCCUUCUUCACCCAGGAGCUGUACCAGGCGUCCUCGCAACAGAAGCACGACACGACGUGGAAGUACUUGUCCACCACCUGCGUCGCCACCGCGCACCAGGCCGUUGAACGCAUAUUCAAGGCCUACAACCAGUCCCCGGAGUUUCGAAACGAUUACAUAUGGCGACCAUGUCUCUAUACAGCCGUCUUGAUCAUCCUCACGAACCAGUUCUUUGGCUUUCACAAGUAUCAUACUGCAGGCAACGUCGUCGACCAGGCAUUCUCCAUUCUCAAACUCUGGGACGCACGGAACCCUACGGAAGAGGCCGAGCUCAACAGCCUCUCCGCCCUGCGCUGCCUCGUCGAGGAGCAGGCGCCGCGGCGGUCGACGCCCGUCUACUUCGAGGUAGUGGCCCCCGGCCCCUACGGAGCACCGCCAGUGCCGGUGGGCUACGACGUGCCGGGCGACGGCGGGAUCGGAGGCCCCGUCUUCCCCACACACGACUUCGCGGUCGCGUGCGUGGACUCGACGACGUACUGCGGACCCGACGGUCGCCGCUACUCUGCGGCGCCGGCGUCGGACUACAUGGGCGCGACCGCGCCGAUCGGCGGCAUCGCGCAGCUUAACGCCUGGGGCGGGGUCGCUCUCCCGAGCAUGAACAUGGUCCGUUGCGCGACCGACGCGGGAUGCUACUCGUUCGCGAUGCAACAGGACGGAUACGACGGCGAUGCCAUGCAGGUGACGCAGCAGUACGCGGCGUAUCCGGGACAACAACCAUAUCUAUCGUAA